AUGGGCCCGUGGGGCAAGAGGGUAGUUUUCCUGAAGCAACUGAGCAGUGGCUUGCUACUUGUGACUGGACCUCUGGCCCUCAACCGAGUUCCCCUGCAUAGAGCACACCAGAAAUUUGUCAUUGCCACUUCCACCAAAAUCGAUAUCAGCAGUGUGAAAACCCCUAAACAUCUCACUGAUGCUUAUUUCAAGAAGAAGAAGCUGUGUAAACCCAGACACAAGGAAGGGGAGAUUUUUGACACAGAGAAGGAGAAAUACGAGAUUACAGAGCAGCGCAAGAUUGAUCAGAAAGCUGUGGACUCGCAAAUUCUGCCAAAAAUCAAAGUAGUUCCUCUGCUUCAGGGCUACCUCCGCUCUGUGUUUUCUCUCACAAAUGGAGUUUACUCUCACAAAUUGGUGUUCUAAAUUUCUU